UGUAAUUUUUUCCUAAACAAUCAAGAGCAACGUUUUCGAGAAUAAACGUGAGAAAUAUGAACCUGUGAUGACGUAGCUAGCAGACGUGAACAACAGUAACGGACUCCCAGCAGCUGCAAUGCCAACCAAAAAGCUUCUGACCUGAUUACUUAAGAAACGGGAUUGGGACGGAAUAAUCUUGCAGGGUUCCAUCGAAGGACCAGCCCACCAGCAGACCAGACAGAACUUUUACAGGAGGACAUCCACCUGACAGUUUCAAGCAGGAUGUUCAUCACUGGUGCUGCUGUCCUGACGGUGUUCAGCACCCUGGUGUGGUGUGGAAGUGUUCAGGAGAUACGACAUGGAUCUUGGAGGAGGAUGCACUCGGUGACAGCAGCGACAGUCACGUCUAGGAACGUCCUGCGUUGUGCCUCGCGGUGCUGGUCACGUGACGGCUGCUGUAAAUAUUUCGUUCAUCCCCAGGACGGUUCUUGCUCCACGUACCUGGAGGAUACUGUCAACGACAGGAUGUGGCAACAGUAUGAUUCUGUACCUGCAUUAGCCUGUCCGGCCAGCAAGGGAUACUCGCUGCACUACUGUCGCUGCAUCAUGUUGGUGACCACCGUCACGGUCUACAGCAACGCGCAGCUCAGGUGUCAGCAGGACGGAGGUCACGUGAUGCACUACAAGUCCUUGACAGUCGACCGGCCUGCAGUCACCAGCCUACUGAGCAACAAAACUUUCACUUUUUCAGGGACAACCCGUCUGUGGGUCGGUGGAAAGGACGAGAACAAAGACGGUCUCUUCGAGUGGACUGACGGAGAGGUGAUUGACCAGGCCUCGGGUGUGUGGUCCACCGGGGAGCCCUCCAUCAGCCCGGACGAGUCGUGCGUGGUGCUGAGACCCGAGUACAGGAUGGCCGACCAGAACUGCAGCAAGACUCACAGUUACAUCUGUCAGAUCGAUGUGUAGCCAAACCUCCUCAUCUCUGCGUUGACUACAGCGAUCGGUGAUGGCAUUCUUUCUCACCUGUAUCAACACGCGCUCAUUGUCUAUACUUGUCGAUUUGUGUCUCAAACGUGAAACAAAUGAAUUACAUUCAUCUUGGAGCAGCCGCUUGUUUUUAUUAGUUUUUAUUGGAGGAUGACUAAUGUUUGUCACAAAUGUAACUCAUGUGCGAGACCACAAAUGUGACAUAUGCCUCGUUUGCAUACUGAUCUGAUAUCUCCUUGAUUUUGUUUUAAAUUGAGCGCAAACUUCAUACUGUUUUGUA